AUGAACACCCCUUCACACUCAGCACCUACCAUCUCGUUAUCUCUGCAUGAUGCGGUACAAGCCGAUGCGAGUAAGCUCUACGCUAAAGCCUGGGGCUUGCAAUGGUCUCGUCAGACACGGACCUCUAUUGCCCCUAUACCAUCGAACAAUGGCGUAACGGACGCUCAUGCGCAGCUGGGGCAAGAAGGAACGCAAAAACAAGAGACUUGUGAAUACGAAUACGAGUGCCUAAUUGAUCUCAUCAACCUCCCGAAAACAUUCCGUCCUACUUCUGGCUCAGACGUGCUCGUCGUGUUGCACGAAUACGACCUCCUCCUCGACUUCUUGAGCAAUGGGUAUCUGAGGGACGAGAGGGCUAUGGCGGUGACCGGGCAGCCUGGAUGCGGCAAAAGCACAUUCCUGCUCUACCUCCUCCUCCACCGCCUCUCCCUCAAACGCCCAACAGCCCUACACCUACCCUCAACACCGCACCACUACAUCAUCUUCGACGCCCUCGGCGCCACUGCGUACCCCCUCACCUCAUCCCCAACUCAAAGUCCGAGUCGUUUACACCAGUGCACGGCUCUAUGCGACAGCGAUGAGAUCGUCAAACAGCCAUGCGACUGGUUUCUACUGUAUGCAGCGCGCGUGCUGCAGAUGGCGCGGCCCGGGACGGAUAGGUGGUCGGGGUGGCUCAAGCAGUUGAUGGGGAAUGUCGUUGUGCUGGGGGGGCCGAGUGAUAGGGAGAUUGGGGCUAUCAUGAAAGAGCGAGGCUACGACCCUCUCCCCUCCUUCGCCCACAUACACAAAUGGGGGCCCUCAACACGCCGCAUUCUCGACCUCGUGGACGUUCACCCCGCGCGCACGGUCGAGGAUGUCGAGAGGAUACUCACUCGACGAGCCGAACACGCUGCAAUCGAUAUAUGCGCCACGCCCGUUGCGCAUUCGGCAAUCCUUAGAGGAUCUACCACAACAGAGAUCCUGGAUUCGCUCCAUUUCGACCUGAAGGAGAAUGUGCACUACUUCGAUCUGGUGUUCAUGCGUCCUGUUCGUGAGGCUUUGAGUUCUGGGAUCGUCGAGUGGGAACAGUUCGAAUUGAUCAUUCCGACGGGGUAUUUGAGGGAUGUGUUUGAGAGGGAGCGUGUGAGGAGGGUGAGGGAGCUCGUUGGUGGUGUUGAGGCGUAG